AUGCUGGAACCAGGACAUGGCUCUAUAAGGCAGGAAGUGCAUGCCCACACAAGGUGUUGGGUGUGUGUGCUGAGCUGCCUUCUGCUGGCCUUUUUUUAUGUUGGAAGUUUGUACAUCUGGAGAAGCAUCUUACCCAGGGACCAUCCCAGUGUGAUAAAGCGCCGCUGUGCCAGUGUACUGCUGGUCUCUGCUCUGUCACCUGCCGUGGUGAAGGCAUGGAUACAUUGGGCUGAUGUCAGGGUCGAUGUGUCUGUGUGGGCGUUGAUGGGAGUUCGCUUGGAAGGUUUCAUUCCUGCAGCCGUAUUUCCAUUGCUUCUAACCAUGGUAUUGUAUCUUGGACCCCUGGUUCAUUCUGCGAUGGACAACCCCAAAGGUUUCACUGGGGAACUGCAGUCAGCGCUGGAUGUUCAGUCAUGGAGGUUGUGUGUGGGAGAUGCAGUGUGGCUCAGAAACCAGGUGGUGGCGCCACUGACAGAAGAGCUGGUGUUCAGAGGGGCCAUGCUGCCCAUGCUGGUGCCCUGCACUGGACCCACCGCUGCCAUCUUUGUGGCACCACUGUUCUUCGGUGUUGCCCAUUUCCACCAUAUCAUAGAGCAACAGCGCCUCCAUAAGGACUGUAUGAGUGUCAUUCUCUUGGUGGCAGGGAUGCAGUUCUUGUACACAACAGUGUUUGGUGCCUUUACUGCCUUUAUAUUCAUGAGAACUGGUCAUGUUGUAGGUCCAGUUCUGUGCCAUUCAUUCUGUAACAGCCAGGGCCUGCCUGACAUCAGCUCUGCCUUCCAACACCCUGAACGCUCAGCUCUAGUUUUCUCAUAUCUCAUGGGAGUGCUGCUGUUUCUGGUACUCCUCUUCCCGCUGACAGACCGCUUCUUGUAUGGUGCCAUUCCCGUCUGCAGCAUAGCUCCCCCUCCAGCGUCUGUGUGCUAG